CAACGCGCAACAAGUUAACGUUUUGUUUUGGUAUUCAUUCGCCGAAAAUUUUUGACAGUUUUGAUAAAGGAAACUUAUUUAGCAAAACAAAAUAAAACAACAAAUAAAUAUAUGCAAGUAGCUGAACAAAAUUGUGUACGGAAUCCGAAAAAGGAGAUUUGCACAUAAAAGUUAAAAUAAGAAAUAAAAAAUUAAUAAAGAAGUACGUGAAAAUAUGUGAAUAAUUCUACAAUACACAUUGUAGAGUAAUUUGUAUUCGAAAUAAUAAAUGAAAAGAUUCAAAAUUCCAUAGUAGACAUGAAUCGUUACACAGUGAGUGCGCUAAUAGGCGAAGGAUCCUUUGGGCGGGUCUACAAAGCCAUACGCAAAGAGGAUGCACAAGUCGUAGCCAUAAAAGUUAUAUCCAAGCGCGGUCGCAGUAGUCGGGAGCUGAAAAAUUUGCGACGAGAAUGUGAAAUACAGGCGCAUCUAAAGCAUACGAAUGUCAUUGAAAUGUUGGAAUCGUUCGAGACGAAGAACGAUCUGAUUGUUGUCACUGAAUUUGCACUCAUAGACCUGCAUCGCUACCUGGCGCGCAGUGGCGCUUUACCAGAGGAAAAGGCGCAACGUCUUAUUUGCCAUUUAGUAUCGGCACUUUACUAUCUACAUUCCAAUCGCAUACUGCACCGCGAUCUCAAACCACAAAACGUGCUGCUCAAUGAGGAUUUACACGCAAAAUUGUGCGAUUUCGGUUUAGCGCGCAACAUGACCAUGGGCACGCAUGUGCUGACUUCCAUCAAAGGCACACCUUUAUAUAUGGCGCCAGAAUUGCUGGCUGAGCGA